AAAAUUUUGCCGCAAUGACGCGGCCACUUCUCUUCGCGCAUGUUUGAAAGUUUGCAAAAUAUUUGGAAAGCGGUCCUCCCAGCAAAUAGGCUGGAUUAUGCUAAUGUGUGCGCGUCUUGAGUAACACUAAGACUGAGCGCGGUCGCGAGGGGCAGAAAGAAGAAGGCGGAGGCGACUCAAUCCCAAAAUCUCAUCUUCGAAGAUCUGCCUGGCAGUCUCUGCGAGCGAUAGGUGAAAUCUGGUAACCGAUGACCAGUUUUUACCGAGGCGUAUCAAAGGAUUGAGCGAAUUUUGGGGAGCCGACAUUGAAGAAAAAAACCUGCACGAAAGCACAGAUAAAUUCAACAUUUUCUUGAGGACAAAAGCGUUAGAAACCUCCAGUUUGGAUUGUUCAGAUUUGGUUGAACGUUCAUCAUUCAUGACAGCGACAGAAUGCAAAGGAGUUCUGGUUCUUUUUGCACAAGCCCGUUGGCGGAUCGAUUUUCGACGAUAAGCGGUUGGAAUGGUCGUUGGCUUGCAACAAAAUUCGUUGCCGGAAUGGUAUUCGGAUUCAUAGCUGCGUAUGUUCUGAUCACCCCGUUGAGCAUUUCUCUAGACGAUAUGUCAGGUACAGCACUGUUAUCAAGUCGUGACUCUACUUUCCGUCCGGAGCCUAGUCCAGCAGAGAAAGUAAAAUCUCAUGAAGACGAAAAUGUCGAAGACGGGGAGGACGAAACUACUCAAGAGAUUACAAAAGAAGUUCGAGUUCUUUGCUGGAUAAUGACGGGACCCGAAAACCAUGAAACUAAGGCUCAGCACGUCAAAUCUACAUGGGGAAGAAGAUGCGACAUUCUGCUUUUCAUGAGUUCUGCGGAAGAUUCAAGUUUGCCGACUGUGGUGCUCCCUGUGGAGGAAGGCAGAGACAAUCUAUGGGACAAAACUAAAGAAGCUUUCAAGUUCGCGUACGAGGAAUACAAAGACGAAGUCGAAUGGUUCGUAAAGGCAGAUGACGACACUUACGUAAUCGUGGAAAAUCUUCGUCACAUGCUCUCGUCUUACGAUCCAAUGUCACCUCUUUAUUUUGGUUGUCGCUUCAAGCCCUUUGCAAAACAGGGUUAUAUGAGCGGUGGGGCUGGUUACGUGCUCAGCAAAGAAGGUCUAAGAAAGUUUGUUGAGGAGGCUUUGCCCGACAACUCGACAUGUCGGGGCGAUGCCGGAGGCGCGGAGGACGUCGAAAUGGGAAUAUGUUUAGAAAAUGUUGGUGUAAAAGCCAUGGACACGAGGGACCCCGACGGACGGGGCAGAUUUUUUCCAUUCGAUCCGGAACAACAUUUGAUACCGGGAUAUCUCAAUGGUCUUGACUGGUAUUGGGAAUAUGUUUAUUAUCCGUCUGUAAACAAUUAUGAUUGUUGCUCGGAGAGCGCUAUCUCGUUCCAUUACGUACCACCGAAUAUGAUGCACAUAUUAGAAUAUUUCAUUUAUCACUUGAAAGUCUAUGGUACGAGUCGUGAUAUGGGAUUUGCGGAAAUCAAUUCAAUAACGUCCGCUAUUACGAGUUCUAAUUAUUGAAUAUUAUAUUCGCGGAGCUUGCUAUCGUAAAGCGAACAUUUCUUGAACUUGUACCUUGUCCACGUACCUUGUCAGCGGUCGUGCUGUUUCUACCUUGGAAACCUGUUUUUGAGAUUUUAUUACUGGUACAAAUUCGACUGCUUAAUUAGAUAAAUUGAAACUGUAAAAUCCAUUUCCAGUGCAAUGCGAUUGUGAUUUGGAAACAUGCGAUUUUGUUGGAAACUAUUAACGCAUGGUUGUCGACACUGAAAAAAAAGAUGAACGAACAAAGAAAAAUAGACAAUUAAAAUUGAGAAAAAAAAUCAUUCUCCAUGAAUGAUUCUUCUAAAGAUGGAAAAAAAAUUAAAUGCUUAAUACGCUCCUCGAAUUUUCUGCGUUAUCGUUUGUGCGACCGCUGUUGACGGGCGUCGAGUUCUACGAACGAAAUUCGCAAAUAUAAAGCGAAUUCAAUUAGCUUUAUAUUUAGCUGUAUAUAAAGUCGGAUGAAACCAUGUGAUUUUUUGUAAUCUCCUAUAUUAGGUUUACCGGAAAGUUCUGUCCUUUUCCUUGUAUUUUGUCUUAUUCCAAAAACAAACAGAACUUUCCGGUAGACCUAAUAUUAUCUUUACAAGAGCGUUUGUAACGUAACGAGAGUCGGAUCGAAAAUUGCAAUAAAAUGUUAUGAGACUACCUUUA